AUGGCACCUGUGUAUGAGAGGAUAAACGGAAACUUUGAUGCAACUCCGCUGACGCGGUCUUUGCGUCAGGAGGUUGAGGGCUUUGAGGAAAUAGUGUGUUUGAUGGAGUUGAUCGAUAACUCCGUGGAAGCCACCAUAGAUCGUGCGGAACCAACUAUUAGCAUACAGCUUAUAUUUAACAAGGUGGAUGAGCACGGAAGGCCAACGAACGAGGGUUCACAGCUCAUCAUCGAAGACAACGGUAAAGGGAUGAGCAGGAGGCAGCUGGUGCACUACUUCCGGGUUUCGUAUACAACAUCCCACAUCCCCUCAAUCGAUCGAGAAUCUCACCCGGGGGUGCUGCCGUUGAGUGCCUUCAUCAACCCCAAGUUGAACCGCUUCGGUCGAGGAUCCGCAUCUGUGGUGUACUUUGGCGACAUGGUGGAGAUUGAGAGCUUCCAGGCCCCGCAGGACCCCUUACAGCCCUCCCGAGCCUACAAGGUCCGGCAGUGCGACUACGGCGCGCUGCUUCGGACCAAUAACUGGACCUUGGACAUGUACGAGAAGGACCAGGAGGUAGUGGAGGAGGACCUGAGUAAGCGGGGAAUGGAACUGCCAAGGCAGGAGCGGCGAAAAGGAGGCUGGAGGGGCUUUAUGUGGGGUGGAAGUAGACCCCAAAUAAUGGAUUUAGCCUUCGAGGGUCCUGAAACUGCGAAAUCGUUGCCGACUGUACAUAGCACCACACCAGCAGAUUAUAAAGCAAUUGCGCAGCUCGCCCAAGUGGUUAUGGGGGACGGGUGGACCAUCAUCCGCAUCUCGCAGCUGCUUCCUGAAAAGGAACGGGUCCUACAGGAUGUGCUUAGCCUGGAACAGCUGGCGAAAAGGCUCCAGCAGGCGUACCACUGGUUCAUUUACGGCGUCCCGGAGGUGCUUUGGAACAAACUGCCACCAGACCUCACAAGGGGCUGCAGCCGACCGAAGGGCGGCCUGAAAAUUGAGAUCAGCGCGUACUCGGCGAACAAUCUCAUCUUCCAGGCCUGCCUCUCCCGCGAUUCGCCUACGGGGCCUGGUUUCGGAGGCCGCGGCCAGAUGGCGCCUGGCCAGUCGGACCUUCAGGCUGUGCUAAAGGAGUGGGAGGAGCUGACGCUGGCAAAUCGGCAUUUGGAACCUUGUGUGACGUGCAUGAGGUACCUACCGCCGGGUCACCCCACGCCAGGCGCGCCGUGCCGGCCGCUGAGCAGGUUUGGGGGUCCGGAAACAAAAGAAGAGUUCGGUGCCAAAAGUGGCGGUUCUGCCGGCGGUGGCAGAGGCCCCGGCCCCGGUGGCGGGGUCUCAGCUGCUACCUCAUCGGUCCCUGCGUUGAAUCUUCUUGGCCGUGGUCGCGGUGGCAGCGGUGCCCUCCCUCCACGGCCUCCAGGCUCUGUCCCCGUCGGUCCGGAUGGCGGUGUGGAGGUGAUCGAGCUGCUGGAUGAGGAUGAGACGGACAUAGACAGGCGGCAGAAGGACUGUGUAUGUGACUUUGUGCUGAUCUGGCUAUUCUUCCCGUACCGAGCCUGCGCGAGGAGCAAGCCUUUGGGCGACGGAGGACAUGAGCUUUUUGUGUUUCCCUUCUGGAGCGGUAAGGACAUGAUCAAGUCCAAGCUGCAUGGGCAGUUCCCGGAGAUUUAUAAAGCAGCUGUGGCGCUGGCGAGGAGUGACCAGGAGGUGCAGAAUCACGCGCACAAGCUGGAGGACCCCGGCCGGUUGGUGGCUUUGCUGCUGGUGUCGCCGGACGCGCUGGCACACCAGCACAAGUCAGAUUUCGAGGGCAAGGCCUAUGAGCUCUUUUGCAAGGCGGGUCCUUCCCAGGGCCGCCACUACCGCCCUUCCUCCGGCGCCCAGCCGCGUCUGAUGACGUACGUCUGGCAGAAAGAUCUGGAAGGAGCGGGAGGUGACGGCGCCGGCGCCGGUGCCAGCACCGACGGCACCUGCGGGAGUGCCGAGGGCAGUGCCGGUGGUAGCGGCCGGAGUGGCGGGGCCCGCCGCGGCCGUCGCAGCGGCGCUAAUGCGUUGAUACUUGGAUCCCCUGGACGGCCUCCGCCGCUGCCUCAGCUGGGCCACGCGGGGUGGUAUGAGGACCUCGCGGGGGGCUGGGCGGCGCAACAGCUGGUGGGGGCCUUCCAUGCCUGGUUCCUAACGGACGAGGACGGUCAUUUGGUGAACCCUAGGAUGGAGGAGCUAGCGGCUCUGGGGCUGCCUGAGCCACACGGCUUCAAUCUGGCGGAGAGGGGCUACAAAGAAUGCGGCGACAAGUACUCGUACGGGGAGGGAGAUCCAGUGGAGAAGGGAGAAAUGCCAAUCAGAAGUUUCGAGGAGUUUCGGGUGGCAGAGAGGACGGGGGAGGAGGAGCAGCAGCAGGAGGAGGAGGAGGAGGUGCGAUGGGCCCGCCGGCCGGCAAUGCGGCAGGAGGCGGAGGAGCAGCCGGAGGUGGUGGUGGUGGUGGAGGUGGCAGGAGUCGUGCAGGCGUUACUCUCCGAGAGCAUCAUGGAGCUGCAGCCACUAGGUCGUGGGGUGAAUCGACUGGCUGUGCGGAGGGGCGAGCAGUCGGAGCUGAUCCACAAGUGGGAGGGUUUCCUGCCCAGGAUGUUGGCAGUGGAGCCGGAUGCGCAGAUGGGACCACUGCGAGACGAGUACGAUAUCAAUCAUGCCUUUAACAGCAUUACCGUUUACAUCGCCGGGAACGGGACUGCGACGGGCGAAUGUGGCGGGGCCAGCGGUAGUGGUGGCGCAGCCGCCGGCGCCGCUGGCGGCAGCAGCCGCGGUCGCGGCCGAACAUCCAAGGCAGCGCAAGGCGCCGCUGCUGGCCCCGGUGCGUCAACGCUGCCUGGGGCCGCGGCAGCGGGUGCAGCAGGGCCUAGUGUUUCGCCGCACUCGGCGCCCCAUCUCCCCUGCGCGGAUAUGUCCAAGACCCAGGCACAUUACCCCCAUUAUUCGGUGGCGGUUGCCUUGGUGAUUGAACAGUCUUAUAGCGGGAAAUCGCACGCUUUGGGCAACCAGAGGUAUACCUUCACUGGUUUUGGCAAGCACAUUCGGCAGCCUGGCAAGUACCGUUUUCGGUUUGUGCCGGAGGAGACGGCGGUUGCGUUGCUGGAUACCCAGCAGGAGCUGACGUACGAGUUCAGGGUGACCAGUACCCAGCCGGCGGCGCUGGAUGCCUGCUUCGUCCUGGGAACGGGGAGGGAGCCAGUGACGACGACGCCAUUGCCCCGGCCGCCUGUCGUACGGUUGGGGGAUCAGAUGCCGGACCUGGCCGUGACCCUGCUAGACAGCCGGGGAGGAAAGGUAGCAUUUUCCCCGGAGCUACGGGCCCGCCUGGAAACGCCUUGGGAACCCUCCGCAGGCCCCGGCGUGACAAGCACGAACGUUGCCAACGCCAACGGUAACAACCCUGCGGUCGGCAGCGGCGGCGGCGAAGGCCACCCGUUAACUAUUACGGCCGAAGUCGUGAACGGCGACCCGUUGCGUUUCAAGCUACGAUUGGUGAAGCGCGGCGGCGGCGGCAGCGGCGCUACGGCAGCUGGCGGCGGUGCCACCGCCAGCCGACCCUUGGGUCUGUCAUUUUCGCCUGACGGCAUGGUGAUGUUUCUCAGCGGUUUGUAUGUUCAGCCGUUGGCGCUCAAGCAGACGGAGGGUUCGGGCAAGGGCAACGUGCCUUCACUGAUGGUGCGUCUGAAGGUGGCGAUUAAAGCGACUGCCGCGGACGUGGCGGCGGGGCCGGCGGAGCACCUUCUGACCAACAGCCAGGCAACUGUCGGCGGCGGCGGUGCAGGCGGUAGCCGCGGCGCCGCCGCCACCGCUGCCUCCAGCUCAGGCACUCCUGAGCUGACGUUGGUCAGCGGGCCCCCUGCCGUACUAACCGUUGAAGGGGGCAACUGGUUCAACUUCCCGACGCUAGAGAAGCCGCUAACGCUAAGCAAAGGUGCAGAGCUGGACAAUAGCCUGGUUAUACGGCUGGAAGACGCAAGCGGUAAUCCAUACUACCUGGCUUCAGAGAGGAGUACGGCAAGAUCUGCACGACCCCGCGUGGAGAUCAGAUGUUCGCGGCUGGAUGGCGCGGACGGAUCCCAGGCGCCACCGGUCAUGUUCCGAAAGCAGGUCGGCACCGUGGGCGGUUCGGGAGGGGCCGGUCGCGGGGGAGGAGCGCGCGGGGAGUUCGCGGAAUCUGCAGAGAUUGAGCUGGAUUCCUCCGGCAACUUCCUCACCCUCCCGGGUAACCUGGUCAAGGCCACGGGACUACCCGGGGACAUGGGCGCCCUCACGCUAUCACUGGUGGAAAGCGGCGCCGGAGGCGGCGGACGGGGGGUUCGAGGCGGCGGCAGGUGUCCACGUUUGAUGUCGUACGUGUCCGUACGGAAGGUCGUGCUGGGUGUAGAGGACACGGCCGCGGAUGAGGACGGGGACGGUGGAGGCAUCCGCGGCAGUGGCGCCAGGGCCCGGCCCGCCCACGCCCACGUCCGGGAGUACCUGCUGGACGGAACCGUACACGCCAAGAAGCGUGGGGAGGUCCUGUGGGGUGACCUGGAGGCGGUGCCGCCAAGCGCUGAUGGCGGUAGUGGCGUGGGGGGGGAGGAAGGGGCUGGUGGCGGCGGCAAGUCGCUGUUGGAGACGGCGUUUGAGCGGCGGAUUGAAUUCACCAGCUUGGGUCCACGAGAGGUGUUUUUGCGACCUAGUGGUGCUGUACUGCGAGGACGGGACGAAGUGCUGGAGGCGGCACGGCAGGCCCUGGCGGUGCCUGCUGUAUUGUACGAACAAUGCUUCGUACUGCGUCCAGGGCAGUUGCGGCUAGGCGGUUUACGGCUGUCGCUUUCCGACGAGGCGGAUGACGUGGUGGACGAGCUUCUUACGGCGGAUGUGCGGAUCAUGAUUGGCUCCCGCGACGCUGUGGCUGGGGGAAACCAGCGACUGCGGUUUGAGAAGGGCCGUGUGGAGUUACCGGAGCUGGUGUUUGAGGAGCGGGACUUCACGGAAGCGGCGGCGGCGGCCGUGGCGGCGAUGGGAUCUGGAUCUGGAUCUGGCGCCGUCGCCGCCUCUCACUUCACGACGGUGGCGGUGACGGUGCGCGAUGCUGAGAUCCGCGGCGGUACCAGUGCGGCGGCGCCGCCAGGGAGAACAUCGUCGUUCUGCUACGGCACCUUUUUCGUACGUCAGGAGCCCUACCCGGCAGCCCUACGACUGGCACCCCUGACGUGCGACCUGCUCACAGGCCGCCGCGCAGUCACACCCUGGCCACCGCUACCUCCACUGCAAUCGGUAGAGGGGUUGCUGCAGCUGCCGCCGGCAGCGGUAGCGGCGGCGGCGGCACAAGCGGCUGCUGGCGGCGGCGGCCGCCAGCGGGCGGGGUCAGCACGGUCGGUCAGCACGGAGCCGGCGGCGGUGGCGGUGGCCGCAGGGGGUGGUAGCGGGCGGGCGCCGCCUUGGGUAGGAGCACCGGAGCUGCUGCUCCAGCUGAGGUCGUCACCACGGGCUGGUGCUGGCCGGGGUGGUGGUGGUGCUGGUGGUGGUGCAGCAGCAGCGGGUGUGGUGGAUGCUUCGGCGCUUAUGGCCCAGGGUUUCUCCCUGGCGCCUGUCGGCAACAUCACUUUGCAGGCCGGUCAGGCGCUGCAAGUGCCGCUUGUGGCAGUUGACCAAAUGGGGUUUCCAGUGCCCAUGCAUCGCGGCCUCGUUCAACUGCUGGAGAUGUACACGAAAGCGUAUGUGGAGCCGGCGCAAGACGCAGCAUCAGCUGCUGCCGCUGCGGCUGCAGCGGUGGCUGCCGCUGCUGCCAGUGGCGGUGAUGUUUUCGGCCAAGCCCGAGGCGGGGGCGGCGGCGGCGGCGCAGCAGCAAUCAGCCGCACCGGCCGUUCGGUCCGGGGUUCUGGUGUAGCCGGAGCUGGCGACGGCAGUGGUGCCGCCACCGGCGGCGGCAUCGUGCCAUGUGUGAUUAGCGGCUGGACAUGGCCUGAGGAAGAGGAGGGUGAGAAUGAGGAGGUGGAGGAAGGAGGGCGGGCGCGGAGGACACGGAGCCAGGGCACUGCGCCUGUGGCGGGAGAGGGGGCGCUGCAGCCGCCCCGGCUGCCCGUGUGCUUCUUCCAGGUCCAUCCCGCACAUCACCCAGGCCAUGCAGGUCUUGUCAUCAGCUUCGAACCCCCGCCGGACGCGGCGGUGGCGGCUGCCGCUGCCGCCGCUGUCGCCGCUGCUGACGGCUGCGUUUCGCCGCCACUGCAGUUGCCGCCGGCCGUGCCGCUGCCCCGGCUGCAUCUGGGUUUUGCCCUCCACUUCACGCAUGGGCCGUUGGCGCCUGGCGGUUAUCAGUUGGCGGUUCUGGCGCCGGAGGGGGUGCAGGCCCAGCCGAUUUCGGAGCACCUAGCGCGGGAUGCGGAGUCCUCACGGCUGCUGCAACCCCCGUUGGACCCCACUUCUUGUCGUAUUUAUCGACUGGACGUUGUGGAGCAGUCGUCGUUUCGAUUGGAACUGCGGCUGAUGGAUGCUCAAAGCUGCCUGGUGGCGGAGGACGGCGCCUUUGAACUGCGAUAUUUGACCAGUACAACCGAACAACACCAACAGCUGCGAGUGGAGUCCUGCUCAGUGACCCGUGGGUCGCUGUCGGUGUCGUUGCCGGUGGGCGCCGGUCGUGCCUGGCGGUCCUGUCCCAAGUUGCUUCUCCUCAGCCCCACGUCGCCCAACUUUGCGCACGGGGGCCCUCUGUGCAUCUACGUGACUGUACGGCCGGGGAGGUACCCUGUAGAGCCCUUGGAGCUGAUUUGGGCUGAGGGGGUCAAACCGCCGCGCCGGAACCGGCCAAUACGACUCACCCUGUCAAAUGACGACCCACCAGCGACCCAUGGGUCAAACGAUGACAACGUCCAUGACGAGGAUGAUAACGGCGUGUUGGGCAUGGGUUCAUGGCCUCGCCUUCCCCCCUUCCGGGUGUUAGUUCACAGCGCUGAUGGCGCCAAAUUUGAAGCGGAGGAGUUGCGGCCGUUACGGCUUUACUACACCCGGAGGGGCCCAGAGGACGCAUCGACAGCGGUGGCUGAUGGCGGAGGCGGUAUUCCUGCCCCCGACCAGCCGGUGACGCUACUAGGGGCUAGGAAAGGGGGCAGGUUUGGCGCCGGUCCGGCGGCGGGCAUAUCGUACGGCGGCCUAUUCUAUGCUGCUGCUGGGCGAGUAGCGCUUCCCACGCGGGUGGGAGUGCGCUGGUCGUUGAUGGCUGCCUACGAGGACCCGCGGGUCAUCAGCUCUCCCAACCACCGCCUACGUCCCUUGCGGAUCCUGGAUUUGGAGUUGCUUCCAGCCCCUCCCGCCGCCAUUCAACUGAGUCCCGCAGUGGAAGCGGCUCUGGGCCCCACUGACUCCCGUUACAGGGCGGUGGUGGUUUCGUCGGAGGGGUUGGGGGAGCACAGCCUUCCGGAGCUGGAGGGGAGGCUGGUGGACAGGUGGGGUAACGCCGCCAAGCCCCAGCCCGUGGACUUCAUGGUGCUGAUGGCGCGGACCAGCAACGCCGCCGGCGGGCCUUGCUCCUCUUCCGCCGCCGGCGCCACGGCCGCAAUGACCAUCGAGUUAUCUUCUUGUGAACUGGACGCAGCUUCCGGCACCUUCCAUCUAGCUGCCACGUCACUUAGCGCCGCGGCCGGGCUCAUGACCCCUGGGUCGGACUAUGAGGUAUGGCUGCAGCUAUGGCGAAGCACCGACGGCGGCGGCAAAAGUGGUGAUGUGCCGAUGACGACAGCGGAGGGACAGGAGGAGGAUGCAGAGGGGGUUGUCCCUGGAGCCGUUGCCGUACCGGGCAUGGAGCUGCUUGUUCGUACAUUGUACGUCUCGAUGAUGGGCGAUAGCGGAACGCUGCGAACACAAGUGCAGAGGUUGCAGGCGGAGGUCGCGCACAAGGAGGGGCAGGUGCGGGCCGCCGACGUGGAGACGAGUGCUCGACGGAGGGAGGCAGCGGCGGCGGCGAGCCAGUACGGCCAUGUACUGGCACAGCUUCAGCGGCGGGGUGUACAGCUUCCGCGUGCUUCGGCGGCCGCGGCGGCGGCGGCGGCGGCGGGUCGUCCAGGCGAGGCUGUGAUCGCCGCCGCUGUGGAAUCCGAAUACCGAGGACUUGCGGACGCCGUCCAGUCCGCCCUCACUUUUCUUGAUGGCCAAGCCAUCAGCCUCAUGCGGCCCCCACUGGUGGAACCAGCACCGCCCAUCACACGAUGGGCGCCACCAAACCCACACGCCGCCGGCGGCGCCGCCGCCGCGGCCCAAAUGGGUCACCCCACCCUGGACGCUGGCCGCGUGUUUGAGCGGCUGCGCCAGAUGGCGUCCGCUUGUGCGGGGUUGGCGGGGGCGUUGGGCCCCCUGGUGAUGUUGGGAGCGGUGGAGAGGCACGACGUGGGGGUGGCGCUGGGGCAGCUGGCGGGGGGGAGGUUCGAGCGGGUAUUUGUGAUGGAAGAGGAAGCGCUGCGGGAGGUGGCAGGGCGGCUGAGGAGCAUGCGCCCCGGCGGCAGUGCCACUGACCUGCGUGAUCCCGGGUUACUGACAAGGUAUGAUUUGGAUCAAGAAGGAGUGGACACCAGCCACCCGCAGUUGCUCCUGACGAAGCGGCAGCUCCGGAACCGCUUUCAGGCUAGGUGCGCUGCAUAUUCUUGCAUGGCAUAUUUCGACCCCGACUCCGACCCUGACUCCGAUCCUUUUCGUGUGCAAGUCCGGCAGGGCGUCCUCAACUUCGAUCCGGAUCCGGAGGAGGUGGCCGCGCGCGCUGACAUGCAUCAUCAGCAGCAUGCAGUACCGCCCUCAUCAUCGCGACAACAGCGGCAGCAGCCAAAGAAACGGUCCUUGGUAUGUGGGUACAUGAGUCAGGAGCAGCAGCAGGAGGACGAGGCGCCCCGACCCCUACCGCCACAACAGCAGCAACAAGGCCGCGGCGGCAACGGGGGCCCCCAUCCUCAGUCUCAAUCUCAGUCUCACGGCUUUAUCGGGUUCGCCGUCAACCUGGUGCACCUGCCCCCCCACCUUGCGGAUAUCCGUGUAGCGCUGCGGGACUCCCGGGGGCAGCUGGUGCAGGCAACCCUCCGUCAGACGAUGCUCAACUACGUGUACGGCAAUGCCAUGGUGUUCGAAGGGGAGGAGCACAUCAUGUCUUUCCGCGACCGGUGUCGGCGAGCGGGUGUGGCGGUGGAGAUGCCGCUCAUAGCGGUUGAUGGGCGGGGGGGUUAUAACCUGGCGGACAGAGGGAGCGUGUCUUUCGGCGAGCGACUGCCGCCGCACGUGUGUUUUUCCGGGCUAUCCCCCGGGGAGAUUACCCCUCUGAGUCUGGAGGGGGUACACGGGGGGGCGCUGGAUGGCAGGUUGCGUGCGGAGCAGCUCCGUCUUCGCCAUCUUCAGUACCAUAAGGCCCAACUUCAGUCCCUCCUGCCCCAGCUGCAAUUCGCCUUCAACGACUUGCGAGCCAAACAGCACCAAGUUGAGGAGCUUAGUCAGACACUGAGGGUGCUGAGGGAAACAAUGGUUCCAGAGCUGGACGAGCUCCAGGACCAGAUCCGGAACUGUACGGCGGAGCUGGAGCGAGUUGCGCAGCGUGAGAGGUUCCAGGCGGCGCAACGACAGCAGCAGCAGCGGCGGCAGGGCCAAUCUGUAGGGGGAAUGGGAGGAGCGGAGGGGAGGGCGGCAUUGUCGGGUCGGCGGGGUUUGGCUGUGAGGUUUGGGCGGGCGGGUGGCGGUGGGGGGGAAGGCCUGACGCUGGCCAGGAGCACCUAA